CCAAGCUCUUACUUGACUCACGGUGAGUCUCGUUAUCCUCUCCAAUCACGUACUAGGAUGAACACUUGGUAAAAGGUCCGACAUAAGCCGUCCGAUGGUCGUAGCCAUUUCGCUUACAACCUUGGGUCGGCCGGAUGAAGUCAGGAACAAAAAAUAAACUGAAAAGAUCUGACAUUAUUCGCCUGCCAUUGAAGCAUUAGAGGUUGAAAAACGUCACUUACAGAUGCUAACGUUACCGCUCAUAGGAAUAUACGUAGCUACCUAUAGAUCUGCGGAAGCCGCACGCACUCCCGAUACCAUGGCCGUGAGAGUACAGGGUCGUGGUGAUGAUGCCAUGUCACCGCCUCAUUUUUCCAGACCGUCAGUGGCACGUGGCCCGUCCAUAGGAGAAUAUAGAGCACACCUUCCCGAAGGUACAGUCAGAUCUGGGAUUCCAUUAUCAUCACCACCCGAUUUGCGCCAUUCAUUCAAGCCAGUCCGAAGCGGCUCCGCCCGGUGGAGCCUAGGUCGAGACGAACGCGACGAUAUCACACGAAGUGCCUACCCGGAUAUGCGACGAUCGGAACAUUGGCACCAGCGUCACGAUAUCUCGCCCCCGCCGCAUCGCAGAAGCCCCAUAAAUUACGAACGUGAGCGGUUGGGCGAUUCGCGGUCACCGCCUACCCUUAGACGCAACGAUAUAUCGCCACAUCAAAGACAACGAUCCCGCGAAGAAGAUCCCUGGGAUCGACCACGAUCGCCGCCGCGAGCGGAUCGGUCACCGUUCAACGGGACGGUGCCCUUCCACGGAGAACAUCGUGCAUCGUCGCGCCAGGCCCACGGACCUCACGAGCAGAUCUCCGAUCCAAACAUACAACGUCGGCAUUCGAAUUUGUCUUGGACCUCUAAGCCUAGCCCGAAAGUCACAACUGAAGUUAACGGCAUCAAGAAUGUUCCUCUGGGGCCAGCUCGUGGCGUGUCAACAUCGUCCGCAAAGCUGAAGGUCCCGUCAUCUCUGGAGCCCGAGAUUAAACGGGCACCACACGUCUUCAUUUCAGAGAGCUCUGUCCCUGCUAUGCUGGCGACUGUACCUCAUAUUAAAAAUAUCAUCAACGCCGAUCGACCUUUGUCAAUUGGUGUAGAUACCUCGGGCUACUACAUCACUUUCGACAACACUCCCGCAGGACUUCUCGACUUAGAAUCUUGUGUCAAAAGACUGAAUGGCGAGCGCCUUUUCGGUCAAUACAUCAUUCGCGCUGAAGCGUUUCCCAAAGGACGAGUAGAUGCAAGCACCCCAAAGAGGUCCUUAUCAUCUCUGCCUUCACCUUCCGAUCUUGACUCCCGUCGCAAGCUUGGUGAUGAAAUCUCAGUCGGUACCGGUAGUACCACCUCUUCUGGCACCAAAGUCCCGAAAUGUCACAUCUGUAAAGGCCGCGCUGAAGACGAGCCGCUUAUCGAAUGUCAAUCAGUGGGGUGUACCCGACGCUAUCACCGUCACUGCCUGGGGAAUGCUGCCCCCGAGUCUUCGAAAGACUGGCGAUGCCACAGGUGCGUGCAGAAAGGUGUGGCCUUGAAGCAUAAACGAACUUUCUCCGACUUUACAGCCUCGGAAGACAAGGACGCCAGUAAGGUGUCAUCGAAAGAUGAAGGUAUCAUCGCCUCCAAGAAGCCGCGUUUGGACGAUGCAAAGGAAGAAUCUGGGGAAUCUCCCCCGCGCACAGAAGCUCGUCACCUUAAACAAGCUGAGACUCGUACAGACUCAUUUGACAGAAAUUUGUUUGCUGGCGUGAUGAAAAUACUGGGAGUUGAAAAUCGAAAUCUUUUCACGCCGAGUCAAGCUUCAAAAACGAUUGCUGAGACACCACGAGUACCCGGCGAGGUCGAAGACUCGGACUCAGCUCAUCUCGAAAACUUGGUACAUCAAAGUUUUGCGCCCGCCGGCAGCAAGUCAAAGGCAUCCUCCACAAAGCAGACACAGCCGACACGGUUUAAAUACACGAGGACGAAAGUGCAGCCAGCCGCCAUCUCAGAUGUGGAUAGUGGCGAUAUUGCUCUUGCCGAGCUCGACCAGCCGAGAUCAGCAUCAGUUGAGCAUUUAGAUGGCACAGAGACCCAUAACCAAACUCCACACGAAGCACCACAAGAGCAGUCACGAGAUGUACUACCUUCGAUUCGUGAACAACUCGGAGUACGUCCCACGCGGUCGAUUGCAGUAUCAGAUCUGCUUUCCCACCCACAGCCCUCCGAGUCUCGAAAGCCUCCGGAAGAAGAUCCUGCAUUUGCUGCAUUCACGCAAGAUCUUGCCAGAACCAUCAACGAGUCGAGCAUCAACGAACCGACACAUACCCCUGGUGGUUCCGAAGCAAAGUCUCAUAAAUUACCUACGAGACGCGGGUUCCGGAAACAGGCGCCCACGACUCCGGAGAUCGAGCUCUGUAGUCAAUGCAAGGUCGCUAAAGUACCCAAGCGUCCUGGCGGAGAAGCACCGCUGUGUAUAAAUUGCAAAAGCUCCAGUCGACCAGCCGGAGUGACGAAGAAACCAGAUGUAGAGCGGACCGGGGAAACAGCGGCACGAGCCGUGCAAUCGAUCGAGAGCGACGAUGAGGGCGAUUCAACUUUGGUCGGCCAUAAGGGCAGCGACACAAUAGUGCUUGACAUACAAACGGCUGCUACGCAAAGCGGUAGGAAAUCGCUGAAACCCGGCAAACUUCCUGUUUCGUCCUCGGAUGGCGAAGACGCUGGGCACUCGCCUCGGACACGCCCAAGUGGCUCUACAGCUUAUAACACGGGGCAGCGCAGGGUCGUCACCCGACCUAGUCAGCGCCGCAAGGCAAUUUCCGACUUUGAUCUCGGCGACUCGCACUAUCGGCCUAAGUGGACCUACGUGCGACUCAUCGGUAUGGCGCUGCUGGCUGCUCCAGGACAUCGCCUUCAGCCGAUCUCCGUGCCUCAGUGGAUUCAUGACAACAUUCCUGGAUAUGACAUGAACGAGGGGCGCUGGAAAGAAAGUAUCAAAGCGACCAUGAAUCUGAACUCGCAGAACAAAUACGGCAUGCAGCUUAUGACGCGUGUGCCGUGUAAGGAGGGCGACGGCGGCUCAGGCCAAGGGUACUGGUACGUCCUUCUCCCUGAGCUAGUGGGAAAGAUUGCUCGUUGGGACUCAGUGAAUAAGUGUAUGAUCAUGCCCAGCGGGGAUGGUGCGCCGAUGAGAAUUGGUGGAGAUCAAGAUCGUGAUUGCGACGGCGUGGGCGGGCCCGAAAUCGGCGAUGCGAUCCUCAUAGCCGAUGACGACCAUGCAAGUGACAGGAGCAACAUUAACGCGGGGUCCGCCGAUGAAGAAGACGGAGACGGUGAUACAUCCGACGCCGUCGAUGAAACUGAUCAUCACGACCCUGCCGAAGCUAUGGACUGGCAACCCAGUGCGGCCACGAUCGAAGGCUCGAGAACGAUCCGGCCAUUCUCUCGAAGUAAUAAAUCUAUGAAUGAAUCUGGCCAACAGAGCGCAAGUCACUCCACAGGAAAUUCCCCAAGAGUGAAACAGGGAUGGUCUACAGGGCGACUGAAGCGGCCUCCUUCAAAGCGAGGCCGAGAAGCUAGGAAUCAAUCCCCAAACUCAGAUGACAGCAAUGCUGCCGUGCCUGGCGGUCAAGACGGCACCGCUCCAGACCAGCCUCACUCGAAAAAGGACUCGGGCCAUCCUGCAGUUCAAACUCGCACAACGAGCAAGAGCAGCGCUACCUCCUCAUCUUUGUCCAUUCGCCAGAAGCCCCAAUCCUCUCUGCAUCAACCCGCCGAGAAGCCUUUAUCCAAAUCCCUCUUCGCCACCUGGCCUCAAUACCUCCCCAUCGACCCAAUCCAUCACGCCCAGCAAAUACAACGCCGUCCUUCCCGGAAACAGCUCUUCGGCAAACCCCCUCUUCACUCCCGCCUCGGCGCCGCAGACAUCACGACGUUCUUCCACGCCACCAACAAUAAUGGUACCACCGCACCGGUAGCAGUAACGACUGGCAUCAACACCACCACUGAUAACCUCCCCGAUAACGUUGAUGCGGCUAACGACCCCCGGAACUGGCGCUCCGACGCCACGAGUGUGCGGCAUUGUGCCUCCGUUGAGGAAUUCUUCGGCUUGAAUGCGGCGACGACAUUAGUGCCGAUGGUCAGCGGGACAGAGCUGUGCUUCAAACGUGAGGUUGAUACGGGGAGAAGAGCGAAGGUUUUGUAUCACACGGGUGUUUGAGCAUUUGGGUGCCGAGGACGGGCGAGAUACCUUUUCCCGUCCUCCUUGGUCCUUCUGUGUCACUCAAAUUCGGGUUUCUUCGUUUACCGAGGCGCUGAUGGCGGGCUUUACUGGGAGUUGCAUGGAUGUUUCAUUGUAUUUGCCCCUGUUUCUUUUUCUUGUUUUUUCCAUGGGGGCGUUGAGGGUUUGGCAGUUCUCUCUGCCCUCUCUGUCGGCUGAUGAUUAAGAAUCAUCAAACUCCUACAUACUCGUACGGUCUUUACUUUUAUUCACUUGGAAAUUUUCAC